AUGGAGAAGAGAAGAAUAGUCGUCUCCAUCGACUUUGGAACGACGUAUUCUGGCGUGUCCUGGGCCGAAACAAGCCGACCUGAUGUUCAACAUGUCGUAUCAAGCUGGCCCUCCACCGAUGGCCCGAAAAGCAGUCUCAAGGUACCUACAGAACUGCGAAAGUUGGCUACAGGAUGGCAGUGGGGUUUCCAAAUUCCCAACAACGCCAAGCGAUAUCGCUUUUUCAAGCUGAAGCUGGACGAGCCAGAGAAACCAAGUCGAGAUGGCGAUACGCCAUUGGAACUGGCCAGGAUCUACCUCUCCUGUUUGCAUGACCACUUCAUUGGCAUCUUGGAAAGGAAGCUCUCGCGUGCAGUUGUGCAAAUGACUCCAAUGGACUUUGUCGUUACCGUUCCUGCAAUUUGGUCCAACACCGCAAAGCAGGCCACCGAGCGAGCGGCUGCCAUGGCCGGCUUUUGUGGCAACAAAAGAAUUCUUCUCAUUUCAGAGCCAGAAGCUGCUGCUCUGUAUACAAUCAAACAUCUUGGUCCGUCGGUUCUGAAGCCCGGAAGAAACUUCGUGUUGUGCGAUGCUGGCGGCGGUACGGUCGACCUGAUAUCGUACGAGGUGUCGCACGCUGGCGGUCUAGCAGUCAAAGAAAUAACUGAAGGCACUGGUGGAAAAUGUGGCUCUGCCAUGUUAAACAAGAGGUUCAGGAGAUAUCUUAAGCAAACACACGGCGACAGGUAUUGGACCAACGAGCGUCUGAUAUUGGCAGUUGCUGAAUUUGAGUCGUUCAAGAAGGGCUUCUCCCCGAAAGGAGAGCCUCUCACGAUUCGGGUUGAUGAGAGCCUCGGCCUGAAGCGCAAUCGGUUCACCAUACCGCAGGCCGACAUGAAAGCAAGGAUUUUUGCACCAAUAAUGAAAGACAUUAUUUGCCUGGUGAAGGAGCAGAUAGGUUUGGUUGCCGCCGAGAUUGCCGCAGUGGUACUGGUUGGUGGUUUUGGUGAGAGCUCAUACCUGAAGUCUGAAGUGAAAGCGGCUCUUGCGCGCGACACCGCGGUGCUGCAACCGGAUAACGCCUGGACAGCCGUGGUGAAGGGAGCGGCCAUACACGGCCUGGGGUAUUACCAUCCUAGCUUGUCCCAAGUGAAAAUCGUGUCGAGAAUAGCGAGACGCUCGUACGGUACCUGUCUUCUUGCUGCGUAUGAUAUGACGCGGCAUGAUCCUAAAGAGGCGGUUUGGUCCCCCAAGGAAGGCGAGAUGGUAGUUGCCGAAAUGUGUUGGUUUAUCAGGAAGGGCGAGUCUUAUACGGAAGGAAAACCUACUGCCAUUGAUUACCAGUGUGAUAUACCUGUAUCGGCCGGCCCUGUUCCGCAAACAGAAAUCGAAAUAUUCUGCAACGACGAUCCCGUACCACCGAUCCAUUGUACCCCAAGGACGACGUGCAUUGCAACGCUGUCAUUGAACCUAGACAAAAUCCCAAUGUCGACCAAGAACGCGGCAGGAGUAACUCGGAUUGGCAACCAUAGGUACUUUUGCUUGACGGGUGCCAUAGAGGCUAGCUACGGCUCGGCCAUCAUCACGUAUAAAGUCAAGCUGGGAGGCGUGACACACGAUGCGCUCACGGUGAGAUAUGAGAAUCAAGGGCUUGGAGUGGAAUAA